AUGCGCGACGCACAAGCUGCGAAGUAUCCCUGCCGCCCGGAGCAUGGGAUCAUCGAAGCUGUCAAAGCUGAGUGUCGAGCAGCGAGCGAGACAGCUUACGAGUACACCCAGUUUGUGGACGUCUUCAUCGGCCAGGCGCCAGAGUAUGUCGCCGCCAUCUACGGAGUGGUCAAGCUCCUGCUAGUAGCACGGGUCAAUCACAGUGAGAUGAAGCAGAACGUUCAUGAGUACCUCGACAUCAUCAAGGACAAGCUGAAGAGUGUCGACCAUCUGACAGCCUAUUUCCUAUCACAGCACUUGCUAGAGAAUGUUCUCAAGGCCUUUAACAAGCCCUGGACCAAACUGCAGCCAAUCUUGCUAUCGAUAGAGCAGACCUGCCACGAGAUUCGCGACAUGGUGCAAUUUUCAACCCAUCUCAAUGGCCAUGUAACUUUGAUGAAGGUGUCGCGCAUUCUGGAGCUCAUCGAAGGAGAGUCAAUCCGAUUUAAGAAGUCCAAGGAUGUUGAGGCCACCAGUGCUCUUUUUCGACAUCAUGUGGAAGCCAAGCAGGAGGAACAAUAGUCUGGAGGGGCCGCCUCCGCCAGUAGCAGAGGAACCAGCCCAGCAGCCGUGGGACUUGCAUACGCACCUGGCAGACAUCUUCAAAUCAUGUCCUCCGCUGAGAGAAAGCGUCUCAGCUAUUGAAUGUCAGUCCUCAAAUAAAUAUUUCUCCUACUUAUGAAGAAUACAA